AGAGAGCAGCAACGCCAAUCACGUGAAGUAACGAUCAUCUGUUCUUUGGGGAGUGGUUGUGUUGGAGGGUGUUUAGCCCUUAAAAAUUAGUUUUUCCAUCUAUUUGCACUAUUCAAUAACCCAGUAGUAUAUCAGAAAUCGUUUCCUUUCCACAACAAAUAGAAUGAGUGGCAACGAGUAUUGGCUGAUCUCUGCACCAGGGGAUAAAACAUGUCAACAAACAUGGGAAACCCUCAACAAUAUGACUAGCAAACAGAACUCAGUUUCUGUUAAUUACAAGUUUCAUAUUCCUGAUUUAAAGGUGGGUACUUUAGAUCAAUUAGUGGGACUUUCUGAUGACUUGGGCAAAUUGGAUGCUUUUGUGGAGCAAGUGACUCGCAAAGUGGCCGCAUACCUCGGUGAGGUAUUAGAGGACCAGCGGGACAAGCUACACGAAAAUUUGACUGCAAAUAACAGCGAUUUGGCCACUUACUUAACCCGAUUCCAAUGGGAUAUCGCCAAGUAUCCGACCAAGCAGUCACUUCGUAACAUCGCCGACAUUAUAAGUAAACAGGUGGGACAGAUUGAUGCUGACCUGAAAACGAAGAGCAGUGCUUACAACAACUUAAAGGGCAAUCUGCAGAACUUGGAGAAGAAACAAACGGGGAGUCUUUUGACUCGUAACCUGGCGGAUUUGGUGAAGAAGGAGCACUUCAUUCUUGAUUCUGACUAUUUAACUACUUUGCUAGUUAUUGUGCCUAAGCAACAGUUUGCCGAAUGGCAGCACUGUUACGAAAAAUUGACUCCGAUGGUGGUGCCCCGUUCGAGCCAGUUGAUUUGCCAAGAUGGGGAAUACGGUCUUUACUCCGUAACUUUAUUCAAGAAAGUCGUUGACGAGUUUAAAUUGCAUGCACGUGAAAGAAAGUUCAUCGUGAGGGACUUUACGUACAAUGAGGAAGAACUUGCCGCCGGAAAAAAUGAAAUUACUAAGUUGGUUACAGACAAGAAAAAACAGUUUGGACCUCUUGUGAGGUGGCUGAAAGUAAAUUUUAGCGAAUGCUUUUGUGCCUGGAUUCACGUAAAAGCCUUACGAGUGUUUGUAGAGUCUGUUUUAAGAUAUGGUCUUCCAGUCAAUUUUCAAGCGAUUUUACUUCACCCACACAAAAAAAGCAGCAAGCGUUUACGCGAAGUACUUAACCAAUUGUAUGGCCAUUUGGAUAGUAGUGCUUUGCAGGCGUCAUCUGCUCACGAUAGUGUGGACAUUCCUGGAUUAGGUUUUGGCCAGUCAGAAUAUUAUCCAUAUGUUUACUACAAAAUAAACAUCGACAUGGUGGAUUAAGGAGCUUGAUUUGACCAGAGGUAGCUGAUAUUAGUCUUUAGUUUCAAUUGCAAUAUUUUUUAAAAGCUCAUUAGUUAAUUCAUUUAGUGAAAACGGGAGCUCUACUUUCUGGCGAAGAGCAGUCGUUAGUCUUGGAACUACUCCUUUCACAUUAUAAUAGACAAUACGUACAUUUGGAUUUUUUGAUGGAUAGUUACCAAAUUUAUUUCAUCACGAGUAUAUAACAUUCCUUUUCCCUUUAAGUUUUAUUAUUCAUUAGGUUUUAAAGAGAGAAAAAAAUAGGAAAAAGUAUAUUUAAGUCUUAUUAUUGGGUACAGUUUAAUAAAUGUUGUUAUUUUAAGGACAAAAUAGCAGCUAUUUAUUAUCCUUUUUCUUGUUAAAAUGGACAUUUUUAGAGCAUGUUUUUAAAAAGCAGCACAAAUAUAUUUUUAAGUAAUUGUUAUUUAAUCAAAUUUGUUUCUAAUUGUUAUUGCCACUUGCAUUUUUUUUUUUGUUCCUUAUACAACAAUUUGUUAGGUGCGAAAUAAAAAGAAAAUGAGAUAAUAUCGUAUUGCAUUGAAACAGUAUUUUACCGAUUUGUAAAUAAGAUGUAAUAUUUAAAUGUAAAUAAUUACGUAGAUCUUAGUUGGUACGUCAAGGUGAUUCAUGCUCACGAUGUAUAUUUACUCGUUGUUUCAUAUAUUCAUAAUGUAAAGUUUUUAACAAGAUAAAACAAAGUCAUUGUUACAAAUUAAAAUUCUCUUGUAUGAAAAAAAUGAAAAGACGUUGAAUCAAUAAAUGUUUGUUAAUGAAUA